AUGGAGAACUCCAGCCUGUUGGGCGGCGACGCACACAAUUCGGGCCUGAUAGACUUUCUUAGGAUGGACACUUUGAAGCAAGUUGUGGAUUCUCAGGAGGACGUUGCCAUGGAUGCAUUAGCGGCCAGCGUCAUCUUUCUUGAAGGCAGCGCGUUCAGGAAUGCCGCUGGAGCUGACUUUAUGGCCGCUCCGCCGUCGGAGACCCCUCACCUGAUGCCUGCGUUUUGGGAUUCCCCGCUCAGUCAUGGAAUCAAUGUAUUUGUGGGACUUGUCCUUUGCUUCACUAUGCUGGGGCUGGGCUGCACGGUGGAGCUCAGCCAGCUUGGAGAGCAUAUCCGCAGACCCAUCGGGGUGCUGCUGGCUCUGGUGUGUCAGUUUGUUAUCAUGCCCUUGGUGGCCUUUCUGCUGGCUUUGGCUUUCUCUCUGGAUGAUGUGGCCGCGAUGGCCGUUCUCCUCUGUGGCUGUUGCCCGGGAGGAAACUUGUCCAAUAUCAUGUGUCUGCUGGUACAAGGAGAGAUGAAUCUCAGCAUCAUCAUGACCAUCUCUUCCACCCUGCUGGCGCUCGUGCUGAUGCCGCUGUGUCUGUGGAUCUACAGCCGGGCCUGGAUCAACACACCUGUGGUCAACCUCAUGCCCUUCGGGGCCAUCAUCCUGACCCUGUGCAGCACUCUCAUCCCCAUUGGUUUAGGAGUUAUGCUGAGGUACCGCUACACGCGCGUAGCCGACAUUGUUUUAAAGGUGUCACUGUGGUCUCUGCUCAUCACCCUUGUGUUGCUGUUCAUCUUGACUGGAGCGAUGCUGGGACCGGAGCUGCUGUCCACCAUCCCACCCUCCGUCUACGUGGUGGCUGUUCUGAUGCCUCUGUGUGGCUACGCUGCAGGGUAUGGUCUGGCUCUGCUCUUUGAGCUGCCGCCCAACAGCUGCAGGUCCGUCUCCUUGGAGACAGGAUGCCAGAACGUGCAGCUGUGCACUGCCAUCCUGAAGCUGGCCUUUCCCCCUCAGCUGAUGGGAGGGAUGUACAUGUUCCCUCUGCUGUACGCCCUGUUCCAAGCUGCCGAGGCCGGCAUCUUCAUCCUGGCCUACAAGAUGUACAGGAAGGAGGUCCUACACAAAGCAGACCGCAUGGGGGACGGCGAGGAUAUAACAUAUCAACGAUUUCAAGAUGAGGACAAUGGUUUUGACUCAUCUUAUGGUGCUGUGACAGUGAGUGACCCCAACACCAUCAUGCUGGACCCCUGUCCUCCCGAUCCAACUCCUGUUUAA